CGGUACCAUUACUACCGGUGCCUGCCCACCCUUACCACUCAGCCAGCAGACCACCAUGGCUCUUCACUAACACCUGGUAGUGGCCGCCUCUAUUUUCCUCUCCCCUUCCCGUCAGACAUGGCAGCUGAUGACCUCGUCCUGGACAUGAUCAAGACACACAGUCGUUAUGACGUGCCCGAGGACCUCCCCCUCUCAUGCCCUGAUGUCCCUGACUGCCCAGACUUCACCAGGGGGGGGCGGGGGGGCUCCAGGUAUUCUGAUGAACCUGACAGGCCACUGAAGGAAGCAGACUUGACAGAUUGGCCCAACCAGAACAACAGGAACAUGGAUGCAGAAAGAAGGACUCGCCUUAAUGCCUGGGAGCCUGAUGGUUUGGGAGGUGAUCUGAAGGGCCAAGACAGUCUGGGCAGCCACCUCAGUGACCAACAAGAGACAAAUAAACAUGUGAUUGGCCAAGAGGAUCCAGACAGCAAAAUGAUUGGCCGAAAACAUCUAGGCAACCACGUGAUUGACCGAGAUGAUCUGAGCAGCGACAUGAUUGGUGAGGAUGGAAUGACACUUGACAAAACAUCGACAACAACAGCAGCACACAAAUGCAAGAGUGACGGCAGCCUGUCAGAUGGGGGCUUGAGUGGUGCGGGACGGGUGGGCAUGGAGGCCGAGGAUGACUGGUGGGACGGCGAGGGGCGCCCCACGGGUGAACGCUGGCCGCCGCUGGGCGCUCCUGAUGACCAGGAGGAAGAUGGAAACUGCUAUGACUCAUGGUACCACCGAGACAGGAGCUGUGAGGGAGGCGAUGGGGGAGUGGGGGAGGCCGAGAGGGAGCGACUCAGACAACUGGAAGAGGAGCAGGAUCAGCUGAGCAACUCUCUUAUGGCCCUCACCUCACACUUUGCCCAGGUACAGUUCCGGCUGAAGCAGAUUGUGGACGCCUCCCCAGAGCAGAAGGAGGCUUUGCUCACACAGCUGGAAGAGUUUGCCAACAGAGGGAUUCCUGACAUCAGGAACCCCACCACUGUCUGUCUACCCGCCAAAGGAGACAAAGGGGAAGGAGACGAGGGAGAGCAGGACUUGAGCACAAUGAACAGACAGAAAGAGCUCAUCGCCCAGCUGAAGCAACAACUUGAUGACCUGGAGCUGUACGUGUAUGAGACGGGUGAGGGCGGCCCCCCCCAGGCCCAGGUCAUGGAGCGGCAGCGGGUCAUCAUAGAACAACUGAAGGACCGACUCAACCUCAACGUGGACGAAAUGGACCAGCUGACUCUAGAGGACCUGCGGCGACAAGUUGACCGCGGUGUGAGGGAGCUGAUCAACCCACUCAAGAUGAAAGAGCAAUUGGUGUCUCAACUUCAGACACAAAUUUCAGACCUAGAAAGGUUCAUUGAUUUCCUCCAAGGGGAAGGAGGGAGCGUGAGGGGGACGCAGCACCCCUCAAGAGUGCUGGGCAGCACACCGAGGGCUGCCGGGGGUGAUGGGGAGCCACAAGCUGCAGACAAACGGACAAGAGCAGAGCAACGGAAACAACAAAAACAACAGCAGAGGUCGGAGGCUGAACAGCUGCGGCGAGACACAGCGAGCGUGGUGGACCGCGUCACAACCCUCCUGAACAUGCUGUCCUUUGGUUGUGGCGAGAAUGGCAGAAGCAAAUUCCGUCGCAACACCCUGAAGAAGACAGCACAGGGCAGCCACUAUGGGGACCUCCGUGCUGCCCUGGAGGUGGCAGUAGCGGAUGUGGAAGAGGCCAUCCGGCCUGACCCAAGUGGAGACAGUGAGCAGACCAGUGACUCGGAGGCAGAGGUGGAGGGAGGGGAGGCCGAGGGGACGGGACUGGGCAGGGCGCGGACUGAGGUGACAAUGGCGGUGAGGAACUUAACACCUGCGCGGGACUUAAUGCAACAUGGACUCAUGCCAGUGGGUCAGAGCCAGUCAUUGGUGCCAUUCCUGAGCUGCCUGCCGCACCCCCCCUCCCACCGCCCAUCCAAGCUGAUGCACGCCUGGGACCUCAUCUUGCAGUACUACCACCUCAAGAAGGGACACCAGUACAACCACACACCUGCGCGGAGGCUGAGCCAGAGUUUCAACUUGGAGAUUACUGGAAGCGGUGUGGUCACUAACAAACAGUCACUGCUUGGUGUUAUUGGCUCCAUCAUCUCCACUCACACGCCACUCAAACGCUCUGCUGACUCACAUCUCAAGGCCUUUGUUUCGUCUGCUCUGAACCAAAGGAAGUUAGUGGUGUGGCUUCGGUUAAUCUUCCGCACACAGGCGCUGAUGGAACAAUACUACCAGCCAUGGAGCUACACCAGCCUGACAGGGUUUGAAGAUGCCCUCCGCUCACUGGAUCGACUUACGCCCUACAACUUCCGUCUGCCCGUCGACUUGGCUGUCCGUCCAUUCCAGAACAUGAGGGAUGCUUUCUGAGGCAGCAGGAGUCACGGGAGGCGGUGGCGGCAGCAGAAGGAAUGAACAGUAUUAUUACCCUAUUCAACUUCAUGGAUACAUAUCUUGUCAUUCUGCUUCAUCACAUACCUGUGGAAUUGCAUUGAAUCUUGGCAGUGUGUGUGGUUGAGAGAAACUAGACAGGUGCAUAAUAUACUGUUGGUGUAUUACAUGGAAAACAACUUUUAUGUGUGCGUGUGAGGGAAAUGUGAGAACACUGCUUUAUUUAAGAAGAUGGUGAGAGGAACUCUUGCAUGAAUGCCUUUCAAUUGAGUUGUUUCAGAACAAAAAGACUAACUUUUGUUUUGUUCAGCGGAGCAGCAGCAUUUGAUGGCAAGAAAAAAAUCAUGACUUGAGGGGUUGUUUUUCCUUGGCACUUAUGCUUUCUAGUCUUGAUGUGGGUCUGUGAAACACACACACACGUCUUGCCUGAAAACAUGAAAGAUAAUUGCCAAGGUGGAUGCUCUUGACCAAAAAGGAUGACUGGUAUUCUUUUAACCUUAACCUGUCCCCCCGCUGGUUUACUACCCGCACACUUGCGGCUUUUCCUCCAAUUACACAAAGGUGGCUGCAAUGGAAUUUUCACAGCACCACCAAAUAUUCACGGUCCUCAAGUGGGUUUCGUGCCCUAAACUUUGAGUAACGACUACAUAGUCAUACUCCGCCCCACAUUAUUAAUUGGUUAUAAACGCCAUGACGUACCCAUUAUUUUACAUAAAUCGGACAUAAUGCCUUAAAAACUUCAUUUUACGUUACAGUUUGAGAAAAUUUUUGUUAAGUAAAUGCCAUUAUGUCUAACUUUAUGCCACUCAGCAACUUGGUCUACUCCAGAAUAAAAGGACGUGAGGUCAGUUAGUCAAACAACAACAAUAAAAGAAACAAAAACAGUGAAAAUAUAGAAUAAGCACAACAUGUGGAAGGCCACUGAAAAGUAUGAGUUAGACGAGAGA